AUGGCGGAGAUUGAUACAAAUUGCAAACGGGUGACGGACCGCGAGCUUGUAAAGUGUUAUUGGCACGAUGCCAGAUGCACAGACUAUGAAAUGGAUCCCAUGAAGACAUUUGAACUUUUUCUAUUUAGGGAUCCCUUGUGGAAAAUCAAACCUUUACCACGUUCCAUGUUACACGCCAUGUUUUCCGGAAGGUUUGACUCAAAACCUGACGAGGAUGGAUCUUACUUCAUCGAUCGAGAUGGAACACACUUCCGCUAUAUUCUGAAUUAUCUUCGCACGGGGGAACUGGUUGUCCCCGAUGACAAGACUGUUCGUCAUGAACUGCUGAUCGAGGCUAAGUUUUAUCAGGUGGAAGGAAUAAUAGAUGUGCUGGAACCAAAACCCUUUCAGGAUUCAGUGAUCUUGUCGUCCGAUCAACGCCAGACUUUGCUGAACUGGUUGGAAGACGUUCCAGAUGUCACCAACGCUAGAGAGAAAUUGUUGUACCGGGCCUCUUGCAAUGGCUGGGCUGCGAGCAACUUUCAUUCCUGUUGUGAUAACAAGGGACCAACAGUCACAGUGAUAAAGAGCGGAAAUUACAUAUUUGGAGGAUACACUGAACAACUGUGGGAGUCACAUGGUUCUGGAUUGUACAAAAAAUCAACAACUUCGUUCCUAUUUAGUCUUGUCAACCCUGUUGGUCUACCACCAGCAAAGAUAACUCUGAAACCCGAAAAGCAGUCGUGCGCUAUCUUUUGCCGUGAUGUCUAUGGGCCAACAUUUGGAGGAAACCACGAUCUUCAUGUCGCCAAUGCACCAAAUUCUGGCAACUGCUACUCAAUCCUCGGCCACUCUUAUCAGUGCCCUACAGGUCAGCAUGCUAAUAUGUUUUUAACAGGAAGUGGAAAUUUUACUGUCAGUGAAAUGGAAGUGUUUGGUUUCAAGAAGCAAGACUAA